CCUUUGUCUGAAAACGCAGCAAAAGUGAAAUUUGGCAGCAGCUGUGCGUUUUGACUGUGCUGAGAGACUGUUCAGAGCUGCAGCAUGGUGGGGACUCCCUCUCCUCGGCUUGGCUGAGCAGUCCAGGGCUCCCCCAGCUUGGUGCUGUCAGCACAGGGCUUUGGCUGCCUGCUUUUUGGGCAGCAGCUGUACUUGCCAGAGUGGGGGAGCUUUUCUACCCUUCUCUUUUCCAUCCCACCACCCCCUUCUGAUUUCCAUAUUGCUUAUUUCUAGAUCCCUCUGCCUGCAUUGCUCUCCCACUGGAGCUUGCUGCCUUGUCCCUGAUUGUGUGGGCUGCCAGUCCCAUCGUGCCAGGCUGGAGAGGGUGACAGAGAGAGAGAUAAAAAAGCUGGCAUGAGGGGAAUUGCAGCCUAUGCUCUGCAUCAGUAGUGCAGCCACUGGCAUCUCAGCUCCCACUGUCCCUUGGCCUGUCCCUAAGUCUUGGGACUGGGCAGUAGGACUUUCAGGAGCCCUAGCUCCCUGCCCAUGCAGGAUUGCCAGAAAGGGCUCUUUGUACCCUGUGAGGCCACUCUGUACCUGGCUGGGGCUUUUCAGUAGGGUGAUGCCCCAUACUUGCUUGUUACAGGAGGCAAAAAUAGCUUGGGAGUCCCACACCCCACGAACAUGCUGCUGGAAAUACAUCUGCUUAUGAGAGAGGGAAGUAAAACCACAGAGAUCUGGUAUGCAGUGGGACAAGUGGUGGCUGGGCAGGAAUGCUGUCUUCCUGGCCAUGGUGCUGUGACUGCGAGUUUUUUUUUUCUAUUUCAGGGCAUGCUAUUCGCAUUCUCACCAGGGAAAGGCUUUCCCUGUAAUUAUCAGUCAAUUUAAUGCACUGUCUAAGCUGUCGUUUACAGCUGCCUGGCUGGUAGUACUUGGCAUGCGAUACCUUCAGACAUACAAAAUCACUUGCCACGCUGUUUGCACCUCAGAUAGCACCAGAGCCCCAAGCAGCAGCACCAACUUCCAUUUCCCUGUGGUGUGUCCUGUCCCAGAUAGAAAAAUGUCCUUGUCACACACAGCCGCUGAGUACAUGCUUUCGGAUGCCCUUCUCCCGGACCCCAGUGGCUCCCGUGCCAAGGGCCUGCGUUUGGAGCUGCCGAGUGACCGCGUGCUGAAGUUCAUCGCGGUGGGGCUGCCCCUCUUCCUCGUCUCUCUGGCCUUUGCCCGGGAGUUCUCUACUGGCUCGCAGAUCAGCUGCUUCUCCCCGUCCAACUUCACGGGGAAGCAGUCUGCCUAUGCUGACACAGCUUGCUGGGACUCACUCCUCCACCAUGGCUUUGAUGCUGAAGGACAUGCUGUCACCAAGUCCCUUUGGGUUCUCAAGGUCUUCCCGUACUCGCUGCUGGUGGUGGCAGUGCUCAUGUACCUGCCCUACCUGCUGUGGCGCUACGCAGCCACCCCUGCCCUUCACUCUGAUCUCCUCUUCAUCAUUGAUGAGCUGGACAAGUCCUACAACCGCUCUGUACGCCUGGUACAGCACAUGAGGAAGGUCCAGCAGUCCAGCACUGAGCCAGAACAGUUUUGGGAGGAAUACGAGAGGGCUCGCCAGGAGAGGUACUUCGAGUUCCCACUGCUGGAGCGCUACCUUGCCUGCAAGCAGCACUCCCACUCCCUGGUCAUCAUCUACCUCCUGAGGAACCUUCUCCUGCUCUUGUUCUUGGCUGCCACUUGCCUCUACCUGGUCUUUCUCCAUCUCAACAUCUUCUUUCAGGAUGAGUUCAGCUGCUCCAUCAAAACAGGGCUGCUUCAAGCUGAGCCCCAUGUCCCCCCACUCAUCCCUUGCAAGCUGGUCUUCUUCUCUGUUUUCCAGCUCAUCAGCCUCACGGUUGGUGGUGUCUAUGUCCUCCUUAUGCCUGUGGUCAUCUACAAUGCUCUGCAGCUCUGCCAGUGGGACAAAGGGCUCCUCUCUGUCUAUGAGAUGCUGCCUGCCUUUGACCUUCUCAGCCGCAAGAUGCUCACCUGCCCUAUCAACGACCUCAACAUCAUCCUUCUCUUCCUCCGGGCCAACAUCUCUGAGCUGACGUCCUUCAGCCGCCUCAAUGCUGUCAGCGCCUUGCGGGAGACCACUGCUGACAAGCAGGACAUCGAUACCGUUGUUGACUUCAUGACACUGCUGGCUGGGCUGGAGGCCACCAAGCCGAAAUACCAGGCUUGUGUGCCCAUGGCCAAUGGCGAGGCCAUAGGUCUGGGGACUGGUUUGGCAGCCAUUGAUGCUACCAGAAGCCCACGCGUAGGCAGGGGUUGCUAUAGGAACAGUUGCACUGAGAAAACUGCAGAGUUUAAACCCAGGCUCUGGGCAAACCGGGGGACUGGGAGGGUCCUCAUUUUUGAGGAAGACAACAACCCAGUCUAUUGAUGGGUGGGGGCUUAGCCUUA